AUGUAUUCUUCCGCUUCCCCUUUCCAUUUGCUUGAUCCUACAUUCUUUUUCUUUUUUUCUACCAGUCGCAAAGGCACUUUUCCUUUCCCUUCUGCGCUGUCUUUAUUCUUUUCUGCUUAUGAUAAACUACCUUCCUUAGACAUACCUCCUUCUCUUUCUUUUGCUACAUGUUUUUCUCUUCCUCUUAGUGCUAUAUAUCAUUCUUUACCACAUAACACUUUUUUUUCUAAUUCUCGCUUUCAUCAACUGUUGGUUUCUGAUGCUUUCUACUACGAUCCUUUACUUCUCUGUUUUUCUCGUCUCCAUCUAUCUUCUCGAACAACAUGUCCAAUCCUCAUCAACCGAUUUUUCCGCAUUGUUGACACGCACACACAGGUCAUACACCCCUUCUUUGCCUCUCUUUGCCUUCCACCCUCCCACCCUUCCGCUUCCCAUGAUAGCUCAUAUGGCACAGUUGUCCCUAUGCACCUCUCAAUAUCCUUUGCCUCCUUUAUAAGACAACUCAAACUUUCCCGACAUUCGUUUCGACUCCUAUGCCCCCCUCCAGAUCCAAACCCCCACCAAUCGGUCUCACGCCUGUCACCUCGCCAAUGGAAUUUCUUCUGGUUUUUGACCUUGUCCACUUCCACCCACAACAUAUGGUUUCGACUUCUACAUAACUCUCUUUCCCCAGCUUCCAUCCUUCAUGCUAUUAUCACCAGCUUUGUCGCCUCCCCCAAGUGCCGUCUAUGUGGUUACUCUAACCAGACUCCUGAACAUUUCCUUGUUGAGUGUCCUCUCGUUUGGCAAGUUUGGACUAUGACUAUGCAUAUGUGGAUACCACACUGGCAAGCCCAACCGUCCACAAUACUUCGUACCUUUUAUGCUCUCGCCCUCCCUCCCUCCCCUCCUCAUAUUAACUCAUAUCAUGUUUUGGAUGGUGUUCUUGCCGCAGUGUGGAAAGCGUACUGGCGCACAAUUUUUGACGAUGUGCCUUUUGUUCCUGCCAAUGUAGUUGUUUCUGUGAACGAAUCGCUUCAAUUUUUCUUUCAGUCUUCCCAUCUCCUAGACUAG